UCGCUGAGCUCACGGCUCAGUCCCUACAUAUUUAUGCCGCGUUUCCAGCCGCUGGGUGAGGAGCUACUUAGCGCCGCGGCUCCUCCGAGGGGCGGCCGGGCAGCGAGCAGCGGCCGAGCGGACUGGCUCAUGACGCCUCAGAUCUGGUCCGCAUCUAACAGGCUGGCAAUGAAGAUACCCAGAGAAUAGUUCACAUCUAUCAUGCGUCGCUUCUAGACACAGCCACCAGACGCGUCUCCUCCCCUUUCUGCCUGACCUUAGGGACACGUCCCACCGCCUCUCUUGACGUCUGCCUGGUCAACCAUCACUUCCUUAGAGAAUAAGGAGAGAGGCGGACACAGGAAAUCAUGCCACCGACGGGCCACCAGCCAUGAGUGGGUGACGCUGAGCUGACGUCAAAGACAGAGAGGGCUGAAGCCUUGUCAGCACCUGUCACCCCGGCUCCUGCUCUCGGUGUAGCCUGAAGCCUGGCUCCUCCUGGUGAAAUCAUCUUGGCCUGAUAGCAUCGUGAGGUCUUCAGACAGGACCCCUCGGAAGCUAGUUACCAUGGAGGAUCACAUGUUCGGUGUUCAGCAAAUCCAGCCCAAUGUCAUUUCUGUUCGUCUCUUCAAGCGCAAAGUUGGGGGCCUGGGAUUCCUGGUGAAGGAGCGGGUCAGUAAGCCGCCCGUGAUCAUCUCUGACCUGAUUCGUGGGGGUGCCGCGGAGCAGAGUGGCCUCAUCCAGGCUGGAGACAUCAUUCUUGCGGUCAACGGCCGGCCCUUGGUGGACCUGAGCUAUGAUAGCGCCCUGGAGGUACUCAGAGGCAUUGCCUCCGAGACCCACGUGGUCCUCAUUCUGAGGGGCCCUGAAGGUUUCACCACGCACCUGGAGACCACCUUUACAGGUGACGGGACCCCCAAGACCAUCCGGGUGACACAGCCCCUGGGUCCCCCCACCAAAGCCGUGGAUCUGUCCCACCAGCCAUUGGCUGGCAAAGAACAGCCCCUGGCAGUGGAUGGGGCCUCGGCUCCCGGGAAUGGGCCUCAGCAUGCCUACGAUGAUGGGCAGGAAGCUGGCUCGCUCCCCCAUGCCAACGGCCUGGCCCCGAGGCCCCCAGGCCAGGACCCUGCGAAGAAAGCAACCAGAGUCGGCCUCCAAGGCAGAGGGGAGAACAAUGAACUGCUCAAGGAGAUAGAGCCUGUGCUGAGCCUUCUCACCAGUGGGAGCAGAGGGGUAAAGGGAGGGGCACCUGCCAAGGCAGAGAUGAAAGAUAUGGGAAUCCAGGUGGACAGAGAUUUGGACGGCAAGUCACACAAACCUCUGCCCCUCAGCGUGGAGAACGACCGAGUCUUCAAUGACCUAUGGGGGAAGGGCAAUGUGCCUGUCGUCCUCAACAACCCAUAUUCAGAGAAGGAGCAGCCCCCUGCCUCAGGAAAACAGUCCCCCACAAAGAAUGGCAGCCCCUCCAAGUGUCCACGCUUCCUCAAGGUCAAGAACUGGGAGACUGACGUGGUUCUCACUGACACCCUCCACCUUAAGAGCACAUUGGAAACAGGAUGCACUGAGUACAUCUGCAUGGGCUCCAUCAUGCUUCCUUCUCAGCAUACACGGAGGCCUGAAGACGUCCGCACCAGAGAACAGCUCUUCCCUCUUGCCAAAGAGUUUAUUGAUCAAUACUAUUCAUCAAUUAAAAGAUUUGGCUCCAAAGCCCACAUGGAAAGGCUGGAAGAGGUGAACAAAGAGAUUGAAACCACUAGCACCUACCAGCUCAAGGACACAGAGCUCAUCUAUGGGGCCAAGCAUGCCUGGCGGAAUGCCUCGCGCUGUGUGGGCAGGAUCCAGUGGUCCAAGCUGCAGGUAUUCGAUGCCCGCGACUGCACCACGGCCCACGGGAUGUUCAACUACAUCUGUAACCACGUCAAGUAUGCCACCAACAAAGGGAACCUGAGGUCUGCCAUCACCAUAUUCCCCCAGAGGACAGACGGCAAGCACGACUUCAGAGUCUGGAACUCCCAGCUCAUCCGCUACGCUGGCUACAAGCAGCCCGACGGCUCCACCCUGGGGGACCCGGCCAACGUGCAGUUCACAGAGAUUUGCAUACAGCAGGGCUGGAAACCACCGAGAGGCCGCUUCGAUGUCCUGCCGCUCCUGCUUCAGGCCAACGGCAAUGACCCUGAGCUCUUCCAGAUUCCUCCAGAGCUGGUGUUGGAAGUUCCCAUCAGGCACCCCAAGUUUGAGUGGUUCAAGGACCUGGGGCUGAAGUGGUACGGCCUCCCCGCCGUGUCCAACAUGCUCCUGGAGAUUGGUGGCCUGGAGUUCAGCGCCUGUCCCUUCAGUGGCUGGUACAUGGGCACAGAGAUUGGUGUCCGCGACUACUGUGACAACUCCCGCUACAAUAUCCUGGAGGAAGUGGCCAAGAAGAUGAACUUAGACAUGAGGAAGACGUCCUCCCUGUGGAAGGACCAGGCGCUGGUGGAGAUCAAUAUCGCCGUUCUCUACAGCUUCCAGAGUGACAAAGUGACCAUUGUUGACCAUCACUCCGCCACCGAGUCCUUCAUUAAGCACAUGGAGAAUGAGUACCGCUGCCGGGGGGGCUGCCCUGCCGACUGGGUGUGGAUCGUGCCCCCCAUGUCCGGAAGCAUCACCCCUGUGUUCCACCAGGAGAUGCUCAACUACCGGCUCACCCCCUCCUUCGAAUACCAGCCUGAUCCCUGGAACACCCAUGUCUGGAAAGGCACCAAUGGGACCCCCACAAAGAGGCGAGCCAUCGGCUUCAAGAAGCUAGCAGAAGCUGUCAAGUUCUCAGCCAAGCUGAUGGGGCAGGCUAUGGCCAAGAGGGUCAAAGCGACCAUCCUCUAUGCCACGGAGACAGGCAAAUCGCAAGCUUAUGCCAAGACCUUGUGUGAGAUCUUCAAACACGCCUUUGAUGCCAAGGUGAUGUCCAUGGAGGAAUAUGACAUCGUGCACCUGGAACAUGAAACUCUGGUCCUCGUGGUUACCAGCACCUUCGGCAACGGAGAUCCCCCUGAGAAUGGGGAGAAAUUCGGCUGUGCUUUGAUGGAAAUGAGGCACCCCAACUCUGUGCAGGAAGAAAGGAAGAGCUACAAGGUCCGAUUCAACAGCGUCUCCUCCUACUCUGACUCCCAAAAAUCAUCAGGCGAUGGGCCCGACCUCAGAGACAACUUUGAGAGUGCUGGACCCCUGGCCAAUGUGAGGUUCUCAGUUUUUGGCCUCGGCUCACGAGCAUACCCUCACUUUUGCGCCUUCGGACAUGCUGUGGACACCCUCCUGGAAGAACUGGGAGGGGAGAGGAUCCUGAAGAUGAGGGAAGGGGAUGAGCUCUGUGGGCAGGAGGAGGCUUUCAGGACCUGGGCCAAGAAGGUCUUCAAGGCAGCCUGUGAUGUCUUCUGUGUGGGAGAUGAUGUCAACAUUGAAAAGGCGAACAAUUCCCUCAUCAGCAAUGACCGCAGCUGGAAGAGAAACAAGUUCCGCCUCACCUUUGUGGCCGAAGCUCCAGAACUCACACAAGGUCUAUCCAAUGUCCACAAAAAGCGAGUCUCAGCUGCCCGGCUCCUUAGCCGUCAAAACCUCCAGAGCCCUAAAUCAAGUCGGUCAACUAUCUUCGUGCGUCUCCACACCAACGGGAACCAGGAGCUGCAGUACCAGCCUGGGGACCACCUGGGUGUCUUCCCUGGCAACCACGAGGACCUCGUGAAUGCCCUGAUCGAGCGGCUGGAGGACGCGCCCCCUGUCAACCAGAUGGUAAAAGUGGAAUUGCUGGAGGAGCGGAACACGGCUUUAGGUGUCAUCAGUAACUGGACAGACGAGCACCGCCUCCCGCCCUGCACCAUCUUCCAGGCCUUCAAGUACUACCUGGACAUCACCACGCCGCCAACGCCCCUGCAGCUGCAGCAGUUUGCCUCCCUAGCCACCAGCGAGAAGGAGAAGCAGCGUCUGCUGGUCCUCAGCAAGGGUUUGCAGGAGUACGAGGAAUGGAAAUGGGGCAAGAACCCCACCAUCGUGGAGGUGCUGGAGGAGUUCCCAUCUAUCCAGAUGCCAGCCACCCUGCUCCUGACCCAGCUGUCCCUGCUGCAGCCCCGCUACUAUUCCAUCAGCUCCUCCCCAGACAUGUACCCUGAUGAAGUGCACCUCACUGUGGCCAUCGUUUCCUACCGCACUCGAGAUGGAGAAGGACCAAUUCACCACGGCGUGUGCUCCUCCUGGCUCAACCGGAUACAGGCUGACGAAGUGGUCCCCUGUUUCGUGAGAGGAGCACCCAGCUUCCACCUGCCCCGGAACCCCCAAGUCCCCUGCAUCCUCGUUGGACCGGGCACCGGCAUUGCCCCUUUCCGAAGCUUCUGGCAACAGCGGCAAUUUGAUAUCCAACACAAAGGAAUGAACCCCUGCCCCAUGGUCCUGGUCUUCGGGUGCCGGCAAUCCAAGAUAGAUCAUAUCUACAGGGAAGAGACCCUGCAGGCCAAGAACAAGGGGGUCUUCAGAGAGCUGUACACGGCUUACUCCCGGGAGCCAGACAAACCAAAGAAGUACGUGCAGGACAUCCUGCAGGAGCAGCUGGCGGAGUCUGUGUACCAAGCCCUGAAGGAGCAAGGGGGCCACAUUUACGUCUGUGGGGACGUCACCAUGGCUGCUGAUGUCCUCAAAGCCAUCCAGCGCAUCAUGACCCAGCAGGGGAAGCUCUCGGCAGAGGAUGCCGGCGUGUUCAUCAGCCGGAUGAGGGAUGACAACCGAUACCAUGAGGAUAUAUUCGGAGUCACCCUGCGAACGUAUGAAGUGACCAACCGCCUUAGAUCUGAGUCCAUUGCCUUCAUUGAAGAGAGCAAAAAAGACACCGAUGAGGUUUUCAGCUCCUAACUGGACCCUCUUGCCCAGCCAGCUGCAAGUUUUGUAAGCGCGGACAGACACUGCUGAACCUUUCCUCUGGGACCCCGUGUGGCCCUCGCUCUGCCUCCUGUCCUUGUCGCCGUGCCCUGGUUUCCCUCCUCGGGGUUCUCGCCCCUCAGUGGUUUCCUCGGCCCUCCUGGGUUUACUCCUUGAGUUUUUCUGCUGCGAUGCAAUGCUUUUCUAAUCUGCAGUGGCUCUUACAAAACUCUGUUCCCACUCCCUCUCUUGCCAACAAGGGCAACUCACGGGUGCAUGAAACCACUGGAACAUGGCCGUCGCUGUGGGGGUUUUUUUCUCUGAGGUUCCCCUGGAAAGGCUGCAGGAACUAGGCACAAGCUCUCUGAGCCAGUCCCUCAGCCGCUGAAGUCCCCCUUUCUCCUUUUUUAUGAUGACAUUUUGGUUGUGUGUGUGUGUGUGUGUGUGUGUGAUGGGCCAGGUCUCUGUCCGUCCUCUUCCCUGCACAAGUGUGUCGAUCUUAGAUCGCCACUGCUUUCAUUGAAGACCCUCGAUGCCAAGAAACAUGUCCCUGGCCCAUAUUAAUCCCUCGCGUGUCCAUAAUUAAGGGUCCACGCCCGUGUCCCUGAAACAUUUGGAAGCCCUAUAAUUGUUCUAGUUAGAAAGGGUUCAGGGCAUGGGGAGAGGAGUGGGAAAUUGAUUAAAGGGGGCUGUCUCCCAAUGAAAGGGGCAUUCCCAGAAUUUGAUGCAUUUAGAUUCUGAUACCAGUGAGCAGAGCCCUCAUGUGACAUGAACCCAUCCAAUGGAUUGGGCAAAUCCCCUCCCCAAACCCACCCAUCCCAGCCAGAAUCACCUGACUUGGCCACAUCCAUUGACUCCCCGCUCCUCCAGCAAUAGCAUCCAAGGGGCCUGGAAGUUAUGUUGUUCAAAGAAGCCUGGUGGCAAUAAGGAUCUUCCCACUUUGCCACUGGGUGACUUUGGAUGGGUCACUUGUCCUCAGUUUUUCCUAGUCAUAAUGUCAUACAAAGAAUAUGAAUGGAUUAAAUGUUAAAGCUUUGGUGCCUGGAAACAAUAUCAAGUAACAAUAUGAUUGUUAUUUUUUUAUUCCCCCAAAGGGGGCUUGCUGCUUCACCCUUGGGCAUGAAAUAACGGAAGCUGGUUAAAGUGGAUGAGGUUGGAGAGAGUUGCCAUAAUGAAGUCCUACGUGGCUUCUUCGAUAGGAACCACAACUUGGGGUGGGAAGAACUUGUCCCUCAGGCUUGUUGCCCUCUGCAGUUGAUCUCCAAAGUUUUAAACCUGUUAAAGUAAUUUUGACAAAUAAAUUACCCUCAACUCAGAUCAAAAAUGGGCAGCCAAGUCUUCGGUAGGAAUUGGAGCUGGUGCAAUUCCUCCCUAAGAGGCAACCUGUUGAAUUUACUCGCUCAGAGUAAAUGGUGAGAAGGGAUCCCUUUGUAUACUUUUUUAAAUACUACAAAUUAGUGUCAGGCAGUUCCCAGAAAGAGGCAAGAAAUCCUAGAGGCCUCCCAGACUGCAGGGUCCCCAAGGAUGAAAAGGGAAUGUUCUGCUGGUUCUACCCUGUUUGUUGUGUCUUGCUAUACAGAAAAACCACAUUUCUUUUAUAUACUGUGCGUGGGCAUAUCUUGUUGUUCAGUUUGGGUGUCUGCUAAAGAGGAAGUGCACUGGGCCUCUUUGAAAGGGCUUUACAGUGGGGGCACCAAGACCCCAAAGGGCCCAGGCCAGGAGACUGUUAAAGUGAAAAGGCAAUCUGUGACUCACCUUGCUCUACCAUCCCUGGCAGCCCCCACCAGUGUCCCGUUCCUGCCACAUGGAGCUUGACUUCAUGCCAGCUAUAAUCUCCCCUACCUUCCUUUAAUCCCAAUUUCCCCUGCUCACUCUUCCACAGAUAUAAAGAACAAACACUUAGCAUCCCACACUCACCCUUUCUAUCCUGAAGGGAAGCCCAUUCUAAACUCCUUUCCUGCAAACCCAUUUCCAGCUCCUAGUAGCUUUCCUCCCAAAGGCUUUCUUUCCAAUCCUUUAUACCUUUGGAGACGCCUCCCCAGUUCCCCAGGGAAGGAAACUGCUGUGUCCAAUCCCCAUUAAAGACAAAUUGAUCAGUGCUUUAUGCACUCCAAGUCAAGCUUUAUGCAGGAAUGCUUUUCCAUCAGGGAAUAAAUGCUUAGAAGAGCUUACAAUGUGCCAGGCACCUCCUUUCUGCAUGUGCCUGCCCUUCUAGUAGCAGACAGACGGAAACAUUGUCUCGUUUUGUCAAGGAGUCCAAAGAAAUGAUUAUAAAACCAGGAUUCAUCCUUCUUCUCCAGAAAGAUUUUUUUUUUAAGUAAACACCUUUCAAUGCCCAACACAAGCUGCUUCACAACUCCAGGCUAGAAGGCAGGAGAGCGAUCUGAUGUGUUUCUUUUAUUUGCCAGAAUUCCUGAUACCAAAAGCCUGUCUCGAGUAACCUAUCAAGGACCAGAGUGGAGUCCAGAUUUAGAGUUAGGCUCCGAUCAAGGGUGGGGAAAUACUGCCCUCUCGUGGUGGCUUUUCAUCCAGGCCUCGUAGCCAACCGUAAGUGCAAAAUAGAAUUAAGCAAUGGGUAAGCAAAAUAGGGUUGACAGGGUAUUUGGGGGUUAUUCGGGGUAUGGCCUGUUUAUUUCCCUCUUCCCCCUGAAUUGACCAGUAGCAGCUCCAGCCCCAUUUCACAAAAGUGAGUUUGGCCAGGAGGAAUGAGACGUCUCCUGAAAUAGGAACGCUGGAACAUCAUGCUCACCUGCCAUCACUAUGCAUCCAGUUCCCACAGCUUGUGUCGUGAAAGAGCAGAGAGAUGAUGUUAAACUCCUUGGGAGGAGAGAGGGCUUCUUUUGGUUUCCCUGGCGUGAGACAGCCAGGUGUCUUUCUUUUGCGGGGGGGACACUUCAGACCCAUCAAAAUGGAAUUUUGGGAGCCGACCUGAGUGCAAAUCCUAAUUCUGCCCCUGUUGGUGCAGAUGGCUGUGGGCGGCUCACUUGACCUUUUAGAGUCUGCAUACCCACUUGUAUAACAAGGUGGAUUGAAUGAGACAAUGCCCACGAAAUGCCCAGUUACAGUACCUGAUUCAAAACUUACUGCAUUUUAAUUUUUCACUUAUAACAUGUCUUGCUUCUCCAGUGUGUGGAAGGCACCGGGCAGUGUGCAGAGAUAAGAAAAACACAGUUCCUCUCGUGCAGAAGGUUAGAAUCUUUUUUUUUUUUUUUUUUUUUUGACAGAGUCUUGCUCUGUCACCCAGGCUGGAGUACAGUGGUGGGAUGUCAGCUCACUGCAUCCUCUGCCUCCCCCAGUUCAAGUGAUUCUUCUGCCUUGGCCUCCUGAGUAGCUGGGACUACAGGUGCCUGCCACCACGCCCAGCUAAUUUUUGUAUUUUUAGUAGAGUCAGGGUUUCACCAUGUUGGCCAGGCUGGUCUUGAAUUCCUGACCUCAAAUGAUCCACGCACCUCAGCCUCCCAAAGUGCUGGGAUUACAGGCAUGAGCCACCACGCCUGGCCAAAGGUUAUAAUCUGAUGGAGAGAGACACCGGUCUUGGAACUGACAUAAAUUUCUGGGGUUUGAGAAAUGGAUGGGAUUUCACUGGUAGCUUCUGGAAAGUAAGAGUUGGCCAGAAAUUGGGAAGAGUGAGAGGAAAGGCAUGGACAGGGAGCAUGUAAGAUAAAUUGAGGCUGGCUUUGGAAAGCUGAGGAGGGCAAGAAAAGGUGGACUGGGACCAGACCAUGGGGAGAGGUGAGUGGCAUUACAAGAAAUUUAGGCUUUAUUCAGAAGGCAACAGGGAGUGCCUAAGAGUAUUUUUCAAAAGGGGACAUUAAGGCGAUUGGAGUUAUGCUUGGAAAAGAAAGUUCUGGCCACAGUACAGAGCAUGGCCCAUUGAGCUGUUGGGGGUUAUUGCUGCAACCAAGGCUUGAGUGAGGGAAGAGGCAGAUGUAGUGAUAAAGAGACUCCAGGAACUGAAUCAGUGUACCUGGCGCCCCAUCCAUUGUAGAGGGUGAGAACAAAGGAGAAAUUAAAACAUCUUGCAGGCUAGGCGCGGUAGCUCAUGUCUGUAAUCCCAGCACUUUGGGAGGCCGAGGUAGGUGUAUCAGUUGAGGUCAGGAGUUGGAGACCAGUCAGCCAGUUAGUAGAAACCCUGACUCUACUAAGAAAAUACAAAAAUUAGCCGGGCAUGGUGGCAUGCGCCUGUAGUCUCAGCUGCCUGGGAGGCUGAGGAAGGAGGAUCGCUUGAGCCCAGGAGGUGGAGGCUGCAGUGAGCCAAGAUUGUACCACUGCACUCCAGCCUGGGUGACAGAGCAAGACUCUGUCUCAAAAAAAAUAAAAUAAAAUAAAAUAAAACAUCUUGCCCCUAGCUGAGAGAGAGGUCUCCAAAGAGCAGGCUCAGGGAAAAGAUGAGUUUUCAGAGCUGAUGUGAUAGUCAGCUUCUCUGGAGUCGACAGGGUGAAUCCUUCCCAAGUCCAGCCACGCUCAAAUGCCCGGAGGGAAAACUGACCCCCAGCCAGUAGACAUUGGCUAAGAACACGGAAUCUUCUGGCCAAACACACUUUCAGCAGCUGCCUGCUCUGGACUUUGAAAGAGGUCAGGUCUUGCCCUAAGCUCAAAACAAGUGAGAGGUGUCCUGACCUAGCUCGUAGGGCAAAUGGUCCUAAUAGGAUGGGCAAUCCAGAUGCCUGAGCCCCUUCACUCCUAUAGCACCAGCGCCUAAUGCAGCCUUUUCAUUCAUGCCAUUAGGAAAUCCAUGGACUUCUAGCCUGUGUUUUAAGCCAGCCAUGUUUCCUUGUAUAUUUCCCUACCCGCUGCCCCAGAUACCCAGCAUGCCGCUGUGGCCACCAUGUCUUCAAAGCCUUCUGUCUGUAUCAGGAAGGUAGUCUGAGACUGCCAGGAAGCAACAAGGAGAGAGAAACACUAACUAGUCUUCCUUUAUAACCCAUUCAUACUCUCUGGCUGUCCCCAACCUUCAAAGUCUCCUGCAUCCGAAUGUCCUCUUUGUCUCAAAAAGUAGGCCAGACAUGGUGGUUCAUGCCUGUAAUAGCACUUUGAGAGACUGAGGUGGGAGGCUCACUUGAGGCCAGGAGUUUGAGACCAGCUUGGGCAACAUAGCGAAAUCUCGUCUCUACCAAAAAAAAAAAAAUUAGCUGGGCAUGGUGGCAUGCUCCUGUGGUCCCAGCUACUUGGGAGGCUGAGGCAGGAGGAUCACUUGAUCCCAGGAGUUCGAGGUGACAGUGAGCUAGGAUCGCACCACUGCACUCCAGCCUGGGUGACAGAGCAAGACCCUGUUUCUUAAAAAAAUUAAAAUGAAAGACCAGGCGCUGAAUUGAGGAAACACAGGUCUGAGGGUCUGAGGGAAGGGGCCUGCCUCCCAAGGAGUCAACACAGAUGUUCCCCAUGAACAGGGAUUUGACCUUUGGAGGCCAACCUGGCCUGGCCUCUGCCCUUUAUUUCACACUCCCUAUCCUUGGCCCACUGCCAGUCCCUGCCUUGUGGCAAAGGGACCCCAAAAGAAAAGCUGCCUUUCCCCAAAUGUAACGACCCAGGUACACUUUCACCCAUGGAAAGCAGUGUCUGUCGAGAGUCUGUUUCCUAUUAAUACUUAUCAAAGCCACAUGCGAGGGAGGUGGUCAGGUGCCAAUAUGCCUUAGUAUGUUUAUAUGAGUUUGUUUUGUUCUGGAGUAUCCAAACAGUUCUGGUCGAGCGGGCUAUGCCUGUCUGGUCCAAAACACAGUCCCUUAUUAACGAGAUGGCCCUGGCAGGAAAGAACAAAUCUGCCUCCAUGCACUGCUUCCUGCAGUCUUUUAGAAAAUGACUCCAGGACAUCGAAGUGCCCAGAUUUGACUGUAAGUUCCAGGAGACUGUGGCGCAGGGUCUGUCAACCUCAGCACUAUUGGCAUUUGGGGCUGGGUAAUUCUUUCUUGUGGGGGCCGUCUUGGGUACUGUAGGAAGCAGAGCAACAUUCCUGGCCUCCAUCCACGAGGUACCUGUAGCAGUGUCCUGCCAAUGGUAACAAUCAAGUAUGUCAUCAGACAUUGCCCAACGUCCCCAGGGGGCAACAGCCCUCUCUUGGACUUCAGGGUCAAGAGAAUCUCUGCUGGCUACCCCAGGACUUCUCAUUAUAGAUUUCCUGGAGCACGCGGCAGAAACUUUGCCUAGCCCAAUGGUUGUUUCCAUUAUCUGCUGCCAAAGCGGGAUUUGAGGGUAUCUGGGGGAGGAGGCAUGGGGAGGGCAGGAUGCUUUCAAAAACCCCUCCCAGGCCGGGCGUGGUGGCUCAUGCCUGUAAUCACAGCACUUUGGGAGGCCGAGGCUGGCAGAUUACUUGAGGCCGGGAGUUAGAGACCAACCUGGCUAACAUGGCAAAACCCCAUCUCUACUAAAAAUAGAAAAAUCAGCCCGGUGUGGUGGCGGGCACCUGUAAUCCCAUCUACUCAGGAGGCUGAGGCAGGAGAAUUACUUGAACCCAGGAGGCAGAGGCUGCAGUGAGCCGAGAUGGCACCACUGCACUCCAGCUUGUUAACAGAAUGAGACCCUGUGGGGGGGAAAAAAAAAAGCCCUCCCAUGCCAGAACAGAGGAUGGCAGUCCAUUUCGAUAAGACACUAUGUCCUUGGUGUUGGUUCUGAUUAAGACCCACUGAGAUCCAGUGCUCUUGAGCUGGGUCUCAGUCCCCUCCCAUGUCCUGUGCUCUGCCGCCACUGUUUUCAUUGUUGUGUUCUCGUUGUGAUCGUUAAGACUCACACUCCUGGCUCAGCAGUGGUUUUCCAGAAGGCCCAAAGAGCGGUGCCGAGCACCCCACGUCGCAGUGUCCGUUCCGGGCUUGGGAAGCUGGGGAGGUGGGCAGACCUGGUCGCAUCUCACCACACACACGCACACACACACACACACACACACACACACACACACACACGCUGUCAGAAACUCGGCCGUCCCCCCUACCUCUGAGCUCUCAAUGCUGCUAAUCUCUGCCAAGUGUCCCUGUGCUCCAGCACCUUCCUUGAAGGACUGACACCCACCCCACGCUCUUUGCGAGGCUGUCCAGGCUGUGUUUGUCGCAUGCUCUUCUUCUGUAUAGUUCUCAUCUUCCAAUUUUAUGGGAUUCAACAAAAGCCUAUUAUGCUUGUUUGCAUUAUGGUUACAAUAUUAAAAAGUGGAUUCAA